UAACGGACCGUCCGCACGCGCACCGAACCCUCGGCCCGGAGGAAUAUUGAAUAUUAUCAGUACGGGAAUGCGAGUCUGACCUGCUAACUUAAACGCAAGAUUGCUGAGUGGAAUCUGUGAGGGUUUGCAGACAACAGAAGUGUGUAGUGUGUGUUCAUUGAAGAGACCGUUUCCCCUCUGCUGAUAAUGAAGCACCAUUUCCACAUGAGGAGGCAUUGACUCCGGCGCAGCCCUGUCGCGCCCGCAGCGCCCCCUCUCGGCCCGGACGGCCCAUCAUGCCCCGGCCAUGAAGGGCUACCAGGUGAGUCGCAGUCUGUCGCAACACUCCUCUGGGCCUUGCUACUGCAUGCCUGAGGACUGCGACACUGCGCGGGACUACAUGCACCACCCUGACCACUACCAGGGACACAAUGACCACCCCUACUACCCGCCUGGUGGGCCACCUGAACCGUCGGCCAUGGUCCCAUCUGGUGGAGGCACCUUCCCUCGUUCACACCCCAGUCAGCCACAGCCCUACGACUCGACGUGUGAAGAGUGUAUAACCUCGGCAGGGCACGGCCAUGGUCAUGGGGGAAAGAUGCACCGUAUCCCACCAAACCUUCUGGAUCAGUUCGAGAAACAGUUGCCCUUCCACCCAGACGGCUUCCACACCCUGCAGUACCAACGCACGGCCAGUGGGGAACAACGCAGCGAGAGUCCAAGUCGCAUACGGCAUCUGGUGAACUCGGUUCAGCGUCUCUUUGCCAAGUCACAUUCACUGGAGACGCCCUCUAAACGAGAGUUUAAUGGUACCCGUGGGGGAGAGUACCGGGACAGAGAUAGGGGGCACCGCAGCGGUGGCGAGGAAAGCGGCGGACAUCAUUAUUCAGGAACGCACCAGUCUCGCUCAGCCCGUCGGAACAAGAGUCGAGAACGAAGUAAGAGUGGAGACUCCCGCCAUGAGUCUCGAAGCUCCCGCCACCGCAGCAAAACAGCUGGAUGGUGGAGCUCCGAUGACAACCUGGACAGUGACAGCAGCUUUCUGGUGGGUGCGGGCAGGGGGGGACGUGGGUAUCCCACCGGACACGAGACCCUGGAUGCUGCCAUCCAGGAGCUUACCUUGAGGAAAUCUAAGGGUCCACCUCCAGGAGAGUGCCUGGCUUGCAACAACAUAGCCAUGGCAGGGGACAGCGGACACUCUCUGAAGAGGAGCACAUGGUCGGCCUUGACGGUCAGUCAGGCUAGAGAAGUCUAUCCAUCUUCCCGUGGCGGAGGAGGUGGAGGAGGAUAUGAGAAGGCAUUGGUUCCUCUAGAUCCCAAAAUGAAGGAACGAUCACUCCACUAUCUGCAGGUUCCCUCAGAUGAUUGGUGCGGUGGCGGUCCAUCUGACAGUGGUGGUGAGAUCCCUUGUAGACGUAUGCGCAGUGGCAGCUACAUAAAGGCCAUGGGGGACGAUGACAGUGCUGACUCAGACCCCAGCCCCAAAGCCUCACCCAAAUCACCCCUCAUUGCCCAGAGAGAAGCCUUCCGCCGCUCCGUCAGCAUGGACCAGCGUUCCUCCACCACAUCCAAGUACUCAUGUAAACAGUGUACAGACGUCUACCCGAACAGUCGAACCAUACCUAAAGGCCACGCUCGGUCCCGUAGCGUCACACGCUGUCUGACCAGCACUCAGCUGGGUGACACUCUGAACCUGUUUGGAGAAAUGGAAUCACAGGCUGUCCAGGCACUGGACCUACCAGGAUGCUUCCGCACCCGCAGUCACAGCUACGUACGGGCUAUCCAAGCCGGCUGCUCCCAGGACGAUGACUGCCUGUCUGUCUUCUCCAUGUCUGGCCCACAGGGGAGCAUGAAGGGCGAAGCAGUGUUCCCACACAGGAAAGGACCCCCUCCUCUUCCCCCUCGCAUGUCCAAGCCAAUGAUCUCAGUGACCGCUCAGAGCAGCACUGAGUCCACUCAGGACGCUUACUUCCAGAGUACAGGACAGCCCGCUCUGGUCAGGCCCAGACAGCACAGCAAUUCAGUGGACCUGACGGAGAGCAGCGGGGGCCGUAGCUCCAGAGGUGGGCACUAUCUUGGUGGGGGCACGGCGCGUGUCAGACAGAGCAGCAACUCCGCGGAGAGUCUGAACGGCAGGGCCCUUCACAGCAUCGCCUACCCUGGUGGACCUGGUCCAAUGAAACCGAAACACAGCAGCUCAGCCGAUAACCUGCUGGAGGGGUCCAGGGGCUCUAGGGAGCGGGCUGGAGGCAGCCUGGGAAAAUCAGCCUCUCUCCCCCAGAACAGUAUGUCCCUAGCUAAAGCUCUAACUGGAGGAGAACAGGAAGGACGAGGGAGGAAGUGGAGACCCUCUAUUGCAGUGCAGGUGGACAGCUCAGAGACGUUGUCUGACUCAGACCCAGAAGGCAAAUCGCUGAGAGAGGUGCACUCCAUAGGGGUUCAGGUGGAGGAUGACAAGAGACGAGCCCGUUUUAAACGCUCCAAUAGCGUGACAGCAAGUGUCCAGGCUGAUCUUGAGACGGAGGGUUUUGGUGGGCUGACGGUCCCCACUCAAGACAAGGGCCUGCAGUUCGGUUGCUCAUUCCAGCGCCACUCGUCCGAACCGGAAUCAGCCGGUCAGUUUGCAGAGUAUCGCACAGUGCACACACAGGGCCAGUGGGCCUACCGUGAGGAUUACCACAGCGGUUACACCAACGAGCCUGGCCCUCCAGAACUGAGGGCCCUGCCCCGCUCCCACUCCCCUCUGCCCCUGGCCCCUGAGCGUGGAGUGGGAGGCUGGAGCGAGGGCCCGAGGAGCCUCCCUGAUUCGGGCCGAGCCUCGCCCUGCUUACGAGAUGGAGAGUUCUUCCUCCGGCUCCUGCAGACAGAAGUGGAGAGGAUGGAGGGAUGGUGCCAGAACAUGGAGAGAGAGGCAGAGAUGAAUGAACUGCCGGAAGACGUGUUGGAGCUCAUCAGAGGAGCUGUCGGCAGUGCUCAGAUGCUCAUGUCACAAAGAGUCCAGCAGUUCUUCAGGAUGUGCCAACAGAGUGUAGAUCCUUCAUCAUACCCUCAGCCCAGCACUCAGGAUCUGGCCAGUUAUUGGGACCUCCUCCAGUUAGCCAUCGAGGAUGUCAGGGUGAAGUUUCAGGACCUCCAGCGGCUCAAGGAAUCGGGCUGGAGGUUGCCUCCUGAGAAGAAGGAGGACAAGAAGGUUCCACCUCCAUUACCAAAGAAACCAGUCGGUGGCGUGAUGGGCAGCCUUCGUGCUGACAGCACGACCGAGGCUGGAGGCAUGCUAGUGGUCUCGCGAGGACGUAGUGUUCCCGAACGGGAGAAAUCGUUGGAUGUAGGCGACCGCCAGAAGCUGGAAACACGGCGCAGGCUGCUCCAGACCAAACGCUCAGCCUCUUUCCGCCAGAAUUCUGCCACAGAGAGUGCUGACAGCAUUGAGAUCUACAUCACAGAGGCUCAGACGAGACUCUGAGUCACUUGGACCACUUCAGAACCCCUUAAACAACCACUGCGGCUCUUCUCUGGCCCUCUGCACAGACGUCCAAGUUACAAAGCAGCCAGAGAGCGAGUGCAAUUACUCACUGAUGGGGAACUUGAGAUGGCUUACUAGUAUGCUGCUGGUGUAUGGAUGUGAGUUUACGCAUUUUAUUUAAAUUUUUUUGUUGAGCAAGUGUUAUUAUUCUCAGAAAAAGGGCUCAACCAGCACAACCAAGUGUUACAAGAUUGAGACUUUUGUAAGUCUACACAAUAUAUAAAAAUGUUAGUACUGUUUUAAUGAAACACACCAUCACAUACGGGUGCAAUAUCAUAUAUUAAGAAGAUCUUAUCUUGUUAUUUUAAAUAAUAGACUUUGUUUUGAUAUAAUCUUGGCUGUGUAUGUGUUUCGUAAUUGAUGCCACAGUGCGGCGUAGCCACUUUCACUGUGACACAAGCGCACUCUUGUGGCCAGAGUAGAGCAAUGCUCCCUGAUGUAAAUUUGGGCCUGAAACUGAACGUUUUAGCAGUACAGUAGUAAAACCCCUGAGAGCAACUUUUGCAGUAUAGAUAAAUGCCUUUUUAAAGUUAGUGAUCAAAUUACCACAGGGAUUCAUCUCCCGUAUAGUGCAAUAUCACUUUGCAAUUGCAUUCAGGCUUUUCAUUAGCCCAAUGCAAAGACAUACUUCUUAAAAAAAGAUGAGAGAAAAAAAGAAAAAACACAACAGAAAGCUCUGAGGCAACAGCCAUGUUUCCUGAAACAGUACGGUCUACAUCAUAAGACACUUCAGAAACAGGGGUGCAGUAGACAAUCUUCAAACAAUUUCACACUUGACCUGCACACUGAAAAAUGAUUCAGAGAGGAGGGGAAACAUCUUGUUCAUUUCACCCCUCUGCCUUUUUUGUAACAGAUGAAAACCCUCUAACAUGAAAUCAG